CUUUGGCCCCAUGACCCCAACUAAGUCCCGCCCCUUCCUGGUUGUCCUAGCGACGGCGGUGGCGUCCCAAGAUGGCGUCGUGGCUGCCGGUGACUCUGUUCGAAAUUGUAGGACAAGGCCAGGCGCCGAGCAAAGACUAUUACCAGUUAUUGGUCACCCGGUCCCAGGUUAUCUUUAGAUGGUGGAAAAUUUCUCUGAGGAGUGAGUAUCGAACAACAAAACCUGGAGAAGCAAAAGAAACUCACGAAGACUUCCUAGAGAAUUCACAGCUUCAAGUUCAAAUUGCCUUAAUAUUUGGUACAAGAAUAUUAGAAUAUGUCUUCAAUUUGUGUGAAGGUAAAUUUGACUUCCUUGAACGGCUCCCAGACAGUUUGCUCCUGAGUAUCAUUUCUUAUCUGGACCUUGAGGAUAUUGCCAGGCUUUCUCAAACAUCGCACAGAUUUGCAAAGCUGUGCAUGUCCAACCAACUGUGGGAGCAGAUCGUCCAGUCUGCGUGUGACACCAUCACCCCGGAUAUGCGGGCCCUGGCGGAGGAUAUCGGCUGGAAGCAGAUGUUCUUCACCAACAAGCUCCAGCUCCAGCGGCAGCUCCGCAAGAGGAAGCAGAAACACGGAAGCCAGAUAUGGAAGGAGCAAGUUUAGAGUCAUAUCUUCCAGCAGGGGAGCUGAGGCAUGGCCGUAUGUUUUCCUUAAGUGUCCAAAUCUCUUCUGCUUCCUUUUCUUAAGAAUGAAGUGGUUUUGCUGAUUCAAGGAGCCAUGUGAAAAGCAUAAAGUAUUUGCACACAAAUGCUGCAAAACCCAGCUCUCCCGUGCCUCGCCUGUGCCAUGUCCUGGUCACCUGGGAGUGACCCCCAUGUACAAGGGCUGCAGGACCGGAAGCCCUCCCCGUCAAGGCCUCCCUAUCUUCCCACACCCUGACACCAGUAAGAUACGUGCCUUCUGCUGUAUAAAAUACAAGAAACGUAUCAUAAAUACAAAUAUAAAUAGAUAUAUAAUAAAUAUAAUAAUACAUG